AUGCUUCAAAAUCUCUCCGACCCGUUCUAUCAGACGCUUGCAAUCGUCGGUCUUUUCAUUAUUUUCUUUGGGCUUGUGUCUCUUUUCAUCAAGGAGCGCCUCUAUUUGACAGAGAGUCUCGUGGCUGUCCUGAUCGGAAUUAUAUUUGGGCCCAUGUGUGCAUCCAUCAUCACCCCUUAUGAGUGGUUUUCGGAGUCAACAUUUUAUAGAAUUCUUUUAGAGUUUUCGCGCAUCAUCAUCUCUUUUCAGGUUAUGGCUGUAGGUCUUUCCAUCCCCGGAAUUUAUCUUAAAAAACAUUGGAGAGAUCUUAUGAUGUUUUUGGGACCAAUCAUGUGUGUAAUGUGGGCCAUUUCGUCUUUGGCAGUCUGGCUUUUUUCUGGAUUAGAUAUAUGGUCCUCAUUGAUGGUGGGUGCCUGUCUUGCACCGACAGACCCUGUGCUGGCGAAUUCAGUUAUCAAGGGAAAAUUCGCCAAUCGCUACAUCCCGUCCCAUUUACGGAAUUUGCUCUCUGUGGAGAGCGGUGCCAAUGAUGGGCUUGGAUUUCCCUUUUUAAUGCUUCCUGUGUCCUUGCUGAUGCAUGCUGGUGCUGUUGGACCUGCCCUAAAGGAAUGGGUUUUGGUCACAUGGGUUUACGAGAUUACAUUUUCCAUCGUCAUCGGCGCUGUGGUUGGAAUUCUUUCAAAAAAAGCUCUGGAGGCCUCUCAAAAAUACAAGCUUAUCGAUAACGACUCGUUUUUGGUCUACUCGAUGGCUGUGGCGAUGGCCACUACCGGGCUUGUCGCAUUGAUUUCAUCCGAUGAUCUUCUUGCGGUUUUCAUUGCAGGAACGGUGUUCUCCUAUGACGAUGAUCGGUACACCCAGGCCACGCGAGAAUCCCACUUUCAGGAGGUCAUCGAUAUGCUUUUUAAUUUAAUUUUCUUCAUCCUAUUGGGCGCCGUCUUUCCGUGGCAAGAUUUCAAGGCUCUUGGUGUCGGCCGUUUGCUCUUCAUUUCGAUUACAAUUCUACUUUUCAGAAGACUUCCUGUUGUGAUGUUGCUUAAGCCAUUUAUUGGGCAAUUGCGAACGGGACGGGAGGCAUUUUUUGCGGGCUGGUUUGGCCCCAUGGGUGUCGGUGCCAUUUUCUUUGCAAUGGUCUGCAGGCACCAUACUGGGAUACCUCAAGAGACAGCUUCCGCAAUUUUUACCAUCGUUUCGUUUGUAGUGCUGUCGUCUAUUGUUAUACACGGCAUCACGGUGCCGAUUACCCAUUUUCAUUUGAAAAACCGGGCCAGACGCAAGGCUGCUCGAAAGAAGGGCUUCUUUUCCGAAAAUUCUGUCCCUGUCGUUGGUGCUGUUUCAACACCAAUAGGAACUUCCGGCACGCUCGACCUGCAGAAUGGGGUUUCCUCACAUUCUGUUGAUGAAAAGAAUUCUUCAGAAAAUUCCGCAAUUGUCGACAUCCAUCCGCCUAUUUUGAGAGAUAUUCCAGAGCCACGUCUUGUUGACCAGGAUAUCGAAGGCGAGGGCGAUGAUGACAUCAAUCAUCGGCGCGAACGGAAUCUAAUAUAUGGGGCGAAUCAAUCAAACAUGGCUUCGCCAGACAUAUCUUCAAUGCUGCCUUUGGGAGGCGGAAGGCGGAAGGUUGCCGAUAUUUCAUCGGCCUUUGCUCAUCCAUCGGAACUUUCUACGACCACAGAAACCGAGGAUAUGGGCUUGACCACAGAAGAUGACUCAAAUGUCCAUUCACACAGACGCCAUAUCAAAAAAGAGCCAUAUCGCAUGCGGCCGGUAACGACCACCGAUUUUGAGGAUGAGAGCCAGUAUGACGACUAUGAUGACGUCAAUGGUGGCAACCGGAACAGAACCGCCCUUUAUGACGAAAAUUCCAUCAAUUCGGGGCAAGAGUCGACGUCUACGGAAACUUUUGACGGCCGAAAUUUACGGCAGGAACAAAUUCUCGCGAGAAUGAAGACCCAUUCGUUCAAGCCAGUUUCACAACAUUGA